GGUUGGUUAAGCAGGGAGUUCACUGUGUCUCUGGCAAGAAGGUGGCCAUCAAGAUUAUUAACAGGGAAAAAUUAAGUGAAUCAGUCCUAAUGAAGGUGGAAAGAGAAAUUGCAAUAAUGAAGCUAAUAGAGCAUCCCCAUGUAUUGGGCCUGUUUGAUGUCUAUGAAAAUAAGAAAUAUUUAUAUUUAAUCCUGGAGCAUGUUUCUGGUGGAGAGUUAUUUGAUUACUUGGUAAAAAAGGGCAGGUUGACACCCAAAGAGGCAAGAAAAUUCUUCCGUCAAAUUAUAUCUGCAUUAGAUUUCUGUCAUAGUCAUUCAAUAUGUCACAGAGACUUAAAACCUGAAAACCUUUUACUCGAUGAUAAAAAUAAUAUCCGUGUGGCAGAUUUUGGGAUGGCUUCGUUACAAGUAGAAGGCUCCAUGUUGGAAACAAGCUGUGGGUCUCCACACUAUGCUUGUCCUGAGGUGAUAAGGGGUGAAAAAUAUGAUGGAAGAAGGGCAGAUGUAUGGAGCUGUGGUGUGAUACUUUAUGCACUUUUAGUGGGUGCUUUGCCAUUCGAUGAUGACAAUUUACGGAAUCUUUUAGAAAAGGUUAAAAAAGGUGUCUUUCACAUUCCUCACUUCGUGCCCCCCGAUUGUCAACAUCUACUCAGGAGUAUGAUUGAUGUGGACCCAGUAAAAAGAAUACAACUGGACAAGAUCACAAGGCAUCCAUGGGUGGUGGCGGGUUCUAAAUCAGAUGUAGAGCUGGAACUUCCGAUGAAGGAAGUGGUGCAGACGGCAGUGAUUCCAUCAGAAGAUGACAUUGACCCAGAUGUUUUGGCCACCAUGACCUCAUUACAGUGUUUUAAAGACAAGCCAAGACUGAUGCGGGAGCUUUUUAGUCCACAACACAAUACAGAAAAAGUGAUCUACUUCCUACUGUUAGACAGAAAACUUCGGAAUCCUAGUUUUGAAGAUGAUGAUGAAAUAAAAAAGAAAUCUACUGCAGUUGACCCACCAAGAAAAAGAAUAGACAAAGUCAAGUUUCACAGUCAACCAAGCAGAGGCUUUACAGAGUUAUCCCUGGGUAACAUUAGUGAGGGUUCUCCAACUAUGCCAAGGCGGGCACUGGCUGUCGCAUCAAUGUAAGUAAUGGGUGCCAAC